CGUGGCAAAGCCCUGAAGCGCUUUUCUGCCCCAUGCCACGUGGGGCGUCAUCAGAGGGGGGGACAUCUUCCAUGGUCUUUGAAAGGCGAUGGGGAGGAGGGGGAGCGAGGGGGGGUGCGAUGGUUUAGGGAUGAAGGUUGGUUUCGAGGACGAGGAGGGAGUUUUUUCGGGGGAAGGGGAGGCGGGAGGGGGGAGAAGGGUUCAUGCGGCGAGGGAUAGGGAAGGGAGUGGAUGAAGUAGAGGAAGGAGAGGAAGGAGAGGAAGGAGAGAAAUGCUAAAAAAGCACAAGACGAAGUCUCGGCUGCCGGCCUAUGCUCCAUUGCCUCGGCUCCGCGAAGCUAUGCCCUGUCUAAUUCGGACGCCUCCGUGUCGCGCCGAGCUCAAAGAAGAGGCAGCAGCAGCAUGCAAGGAAGAGCGACAGGAAGCCGAUAGUACUUCCGAUCAGCAGCGCGAAGCGUUUGGCAGGAAGGCGCAGAAAAACCUGUUCGGAGAGGUAGGCGAUGAGCAAUGCGCUGGCUAUGGCGAGAUUCGGGAGCAACCCGAGGAGGAGAAAGAGCGAAAGGACAGUGCCGCUAGCGCAGUGGCACGGGUGAUGCGCAGAAGGCGUGGCAGGGCACGUGGAGGCGGACUGCAUGGUGUUUGGCCGAGCCUGCUUAGGUGCGGGGCUGCGAAGGUCCGAUCGGAAGUCCGCCGUACGAGGCAACAAGCGCCCCUGGUUGAGGACGUGUUAAAGCUGGUUCGGGACAACUUCGUCUUAUAUGAGCACAAGGAUCGGCGCGGGGUGAUAGAUGCCAGGGACGUGCCAUUUCUUAUCCGCGCUAUGGGGCUGAACCCGACUGAAAAGCAAGUACAAUUCGCUAUGAAGGAGAUGGGCUGGCAGGAAGAUGCUAGCCAGACUAACCAGACUGCUGGAGCGAAGCAACACUUUCCAAUUGAAAACUUCGAGAAGGCGAUGUUAGAGGUGCUAACUCUGAAGCAUCCUGAGUUCGUCCGGCCAUCAGAGGAGACAUUGCUCCGAGCCUUUCGGGCAUUGGAUAAGGAAGAUAAUGGUUAUAUCGAGCCAGAGGCAUUCAAGGAGAUCAUGACAACCAAAGGAGAAAUCUUCUCUCCUGAAGAAAUGGAGGCAGCUUUAUCUGUGGCGGCCGACAAGGACACGGGUGUAAUUUACUACGAAGACUAUGCUGCACUUUUGGCGCAAGACGGAAGGAUAGAGACUGAGAAGAAAGACGGACCAGAGAAGGCUUGAUUGACCAAAAAAGAAAAAAAAGGGGAAAAAAAAAAAGAGCAUUGAAUGGAUAUGACUGCUGACCUAAAUG